GGAGGAGGGGGAGGGUCCAGAGCACUCCUCUGUGUUGAUCCCUCACAUGAUGACGAUGGGCGAGAGGAAGAUGAGUAGUGGUGAAGCUCCUCCCACCAUCACCAUGGCUCUGAUCAACCCCCAGACCCCCCCUGCCUCAGCCGACACCAAACAGUCUUCCACUCAGCAGCUAUCCAUCAGUGUGUGUGCUGCUCUGUACUCCUACAAGCCCCGUCGUUCUGAGGAACUAGAGCUGAGGAAGGGGGAGAUGGUGGGGGUGUAUGGGAAGUUUAAGGAGGGCUGGCUCCGAGGCCUCUCUCUACGGACGGGCAAAGUGGGCAUCCUCCCCGGCAACUACGUCACACCUGUCCUCAGAACCUCUGCCAGGCUCUUGGAUUCCAAGGCAGUGACAGCAGGCCCUGGUACAGUCUCUGGAAGAAGAAUCUCCUCGUCCUCCAAAACGCCAGCGGUGGUUCUAGCUCUCGACAGGGUCAACUCAGAUGGCACUAGUUACUCUACUGGACAACGGGUUCCGCAGCAGUCUGUUUCCAUGGCCACGCAGCCUAUGAUAUCAUCAGGUGGCGCCACCAGACAAUCCCUGCAUGGGGUGAGCUCGGAGGGAUGGGACACAGUGAGGAGGGUCUUCCAUCGUUCACACAGAGGCUCAUCUCAGCGGGGAAAACACUACCCCCACACCACCAUCUCAUCCAGCUCAGCCCUUCAAUCCCAGACCCACAAUCAGAGCUCGUCCCAGUGCAGUAACCACUACCCCCACACCACCAUCUCAUCCAGCUCAGCCCUUCAAUCCCAGACCCACAAUCAGAGCUCGUCCCAGUGCAGUAACCACUACCCCCACACCACCAUCUCAUCCAGCCCAGCCCUUCAAUCCCAGACCCACAAUCAGAACUCAUCCCAGAGCUCGUCCCAGAGCUUGUCCCAGUGCAGUAACCACUACCCCCACACUACCACCGCCACCUCAGGCCUUCAGCCCCCUUCUCAGUCCCAAUCUCACAGCCAGAACUUUAGCCACAUCCAGGGCCCUGGCUUCUCCCCUGCUCUGCUCAGGAAGAAACAACACAUGAGCAUCCUGCCCAAUCACUACAGAUCUCUGGCCUGGAUGUCUGAGGGUCAAGCGCCCCCUAGUGGUAGAUCUAUGAAGGACAGGGACACGGCUGCCAGAGAGGUGUUGGAGACGAGGCAGGUGUUGGAGACGAGGCAAGCAGCAUCGAAUGGUCAGCACUCCAUACACUCUAUCCUAGUGAGACCAGACGCCCUCAGGAACAACACAGAGAAGCCCACCAAGUCAGUGCGGUUCCUGACCCAGCCUGAUUCCCCUACACCACGGCCCAGGACCACCUCCCUGCCCUCGGGUAGCCAGCCCCCCGCCAGUACCCGGCUUGGUCCACCUCCCCUGGAGGUCUGGGCUCCAUCACUCACACUGGGGCGAGAUGGGCCUGGGAUCAUCCUGAAAGAAGGCAAGGCUCCUGUUCUUAGGAAAGGUCUGGAGACAAACCCCUCUGAUGUUCUGACUUCCAAUCAGAAACCUACCUCUUCAUUAUCAUCAUCAGCACCAUCUGCGUCAAUGCAGUCCAGCAGCCCUAGCAGACACAGAGUAGCGACGUCCUACCAGGCCCAGACAGAGUCAGAAAUGAGCCUGAUGCAGGGUGAGCCUGUCCUGCUUCAUAGACAUCGGCCUGACGGACGGGUUCUGCUCACCCAGGAGAGCAGUGGCCACACGGGCCUCUUCCAUAGCAGUGUUCUACAGUUCCUAGACCGGUUCAGUUGACGGCCUGUAGUGUUUAGUUAUUAUAGGUGUGUUUUUCACAUAGAAAUAGAAUGACUAGAAUGGGGGAAGCUCCUCAGAGCGUGACAAUUUGAUAUGCAACUCAUACACUCAUGGGUACACUCAAUAUGGCCGCCGGCCCACCCCAUCACGUGUAGUUGACUUGAAAAGGAAUGACCAUUCUAGAAAUUCUAUUUCUAUGGAUCUCCACCUGUUGACACUGCCAAACGAGAUGCCAAAUCUGUGGAAGAGUGUGCGUGUGUAUUUUAUGUGUGUUGAAAAUAAUAUAUUAUAUUACUGCCAUAUAGUGACCAAAAUGCAAAGGGAAACAAGUUUCCCCCUUGAGAUUCAUUGGACCAGUUUUAAACUGUAGACAGAUAAGGUUCUGAGAUAUAUUUGUGUACAUGUUGAUGUGCAGAAGCAUGAGUUGCACAUAGAUCUACUGUAUACUGUUAUUUUUACCAAUCCGUUGCACAAAACCACCUCAGACCAAUGUUUUGCAUAAAGAUUGAGUGUUUUCUUUAUUCAAGAGCUAAAGGACACACUGGUCAGUGCCUUUGCAAAGCCCACAGAGUCUAGAUUUGAAAAACAACAACAGUGCUUUUACCAGAGGCUAAAUGUUUAUUAAGUGAUGAUCAUAUAGUGGUAAUAAACAAUGCUUUCUUCAACUAUAGCAUGCGUUUGUUACAUUCUCAACAUGAUUUUGCUGAAUAACUGCACACCCAUGUUAUGUAUCAGACUUUUCUGAUAAGAGACACACAUGUCAUCUAAGGGAUUCUCCUUCUCUGCUCUUUGAGUGCUGAAAAUAAAUAAUUUAUGACACAUUA